AUGCUGAUGAUAGAGGAGGAAGAGGAGGAAGAGGAGGAAGAGGAGGAAGAGGAGGAAGAGGAGGAAGAGGAGGAAGAGGAGGAAGAGGAGGAAGAGGAGGAAGAGGAGGAAGAGGAGGAAGAGGAGGAAGAGGAGGAAGAGGAGGAAGAGGAGGAAGAGGAGGAAGAGGAGGAAGAGGAGGAGGUGGAAGAGGAGGAUUUGAACUGA